GUCCUUUUUUUCCUAGAGUGUGCGGACGAACGUGUAAGGCGCAGCAGUGCUCCUUCUUUUCCGACUAGAGGACAGUGUGACAAGAACGAGUUACAAACCCUUCGGCUAUAGGCUGUGUCUUACCCUUAUAUUAUCAAAUGGAAUGAACCAGAAAGCAAACGACACAAGUAAUUAAAGCAACAGAUUUUCUACCAAAAGCUGGGAAUUCAACUUUGGAAUAUAUCAUAAAGAGAAUGCACUUCCCGCCACUGCUACUGGUCUUGAUCAGCGUUGUGGUCUCACGCGAAUUAAACACAACGUUUCAUUUACAAGGUGAAAAGGGACCUCAGUAUUUUGUCGAAUCCAUCGCGUCUCCGCCUCCUGGCCAAGGGCAGAAUGGAACUUCUGUACCACGAUCUCCUCCAGACUCAGCGAAGGAAGACUCUGUUCCCGAAUGCGCCGAUGAAAUCAGUCAUGACACUUCCUUCGACUGGGCCUUUGUCUGCCCCCGGGCUGACUCUCUCUAUAAGUUAUUCGAACGAUUUAAACGAGAGAAUCAUAGAAUGCGCGUCAAAAUCACGGUGAAGAAGGUGGACGGACCGCUAAGACUGCAGCCUCCUCCCAGAAUCAUCAUCAUCUCGCUUUUUCUUCAGAACGCGAACGUAACACGAAUAUCUAAUGAAGCGCAAAACCUGUCCUCGUUGUCAUCCUUAAGCCGGCUGGACCUGAGGAACAACCCGCUCCUUGAGCUGGAGUACAUGCAGUGGAUGAGCGUCCUGUCCUCGCUGACGGUACUCAGUCUCAGAGAAACGCCUGUGACUGAGCUGGCACUGACGUUACUGAUGCCGUAUCUUCCUGCUCUCCAGCACCUUGACAUCUCCUCUUCUGGCCUCCGUUUCCUCCCUGAGAAAGUCUUCGACAAGAACCCGGAACUGCAACUCCUCGAUUUAUCGAAUAAUGAAUUUGGGAAACUAACACUACCUGGAAGCUUGACCUUGAGGCUGACGCACCUCAACAUCUCGAGCUGUCAGCUGGACAAGGUGUCCGUGCUGACGGCGUGCGUGGAAGGCCCGUGCCCCACGCCCUCCUCCCAGGGACGCCUGAGAAUUUUGGACGUGUCCAACAACUAUCUGAAGUGGUUGCCAAGGAGACUGGUGGAGUCCCUCGAAAAAAAUGCCGUUGUCAAUAUCAAAGAGAACCGCUGGAACGAGGCGUGCCACCGCUGCCCGCUCUACUACCUGUGGCAGUACUCGAGGCAGGCGCUGUACAUUGACGCCCGCGAGGACCUCGACUGCUUCAGCGAGGCCGUUCUUCGGAGGUGCGGCUGGGAGGACUGCCCCACCGAGUGCGACUGCGACCGCGAGAGGAACACGGUGAACUGCACCGGGAAAGGCCUGGUGGAGCUGCCGAUCGUCGUGCCCUCCGAGACCGAGAUCUUCCUGGCGGACAACAACGACAUCACGAACAUAGAUAACCUCUACUUUCCCACGUACUGCAACCUCAAGCAACUCAGUGUCGAACGCAACCUCGUGACUGAGCUUUUGCUCACAGUUAAAGGGAAAUGCAACUGCCCUACAGACGGAGACUACUACAGGGAGGAAAGCAACUGUUAUCCUCUGCAUCUCCACACAGUGUCCUUAGAUGAUAACAAGAUUAAGAGACUGACCGCUGCCGACUGUUCGUUGCUGUAUCCUCUGAGGACACUUACGAUGUCUAGAAAUAAGCUGGAAAACCCCGGGGCGCAGGUCUGUGGCUCCCUCCAACACCUGCGUUCCCUCGACCUCUCACACAACAGGAUCACCAACGUAACCUCGCAUGACCUCGCCACAUACCCAUUUCUGCGGGACCUCAACCUCUCUCACAACGCCCUAGAAAAACUACCUCCCAACAUAACCGAACUAGCGCCUAGACUCAAGACUCUGAACGUCGUUUCCACUUGCAUAAGCAAUUUAACCAGUGGGACCUCGGGACUGAGUAUUAUUAACGAAAACAUCUCUAUGAUGAACUGCGGUCGCCACGAUCAAGGCGCGGCAAAGGAAGAGCCAGGGACGCCCGAGAAAAAGUCAGUCAAAGCCUUCAUGGUAGCCAUUGCCGUCUUCGUCAUAGUGAUCAUAUUCCUCUACGUGUGCAGCGUAUGUGUCAGGCAUUGGUGCUCCCCCGGAGGAUACACUACCAAGGAGAUUGAAGACACGAGUGAGUGCAAGUACUCAGUGUUCGUUGUCCACUCCUCAAAAGACCGUGAGAUGGUUCGAGAAAACCUUAUCAUACCCCUUUUCCAGCGCGGAUACAGCGUAGCCUGGCACGAGAAUGCGUUUGUGCCCGGUGCGUGGAUAUUAGAGAACAUAGAGAGAGCGGUGAGAAAUUCGGAAAGGAUGGUGGUCUUUGCAACUGACAAUCUUACAGCAAGCAGGUGUUCUCUGCAAGAGAUUCGUCGCGGGCGUUACGAGGAGAUGGACAGAGAAGAAUUCAGGGUUAUGGCUUUGGUCACGGAAACGCUACCGAGGGCGCUGGCGAAGGACCUGUACGAGAUCGUCGCCCUGCGCACGCACAUCCACUACAGCGACAGAGACUACAUCGAGAAGAUCUGCCAGUUCCUGCGCCCCCCGCGGCCGGUUCCGGUGCAGGACACCCCCCCUUUGCACGCCACCAGCAUCCGGUCACAUCUGGAUCGCUUUGAUGAAAUGCGGAGAGGACACAAGAAGCAGAAUAUGUCUGAGGUAGUUUACUUGCAUCGCGAUGAUGAGGGUUAUGUCAUCGACCAGUGCACCGCGUCUAUCACCAAAGGAGCGAGGGUGUCGCCCUGGUCACAGAUGUCGCAGGGGGCGCGGGUUCAGAUGCUUUUAAAAUACACGAAGAGCCCAGGAAUGCCGUCAGAAAGCUACGCAGAAACAAGGAGUCUAAACUACGUGUUACUGGAUCAGAAAGAUGACGAUAACGAGGAUGAAGAUUCGUUCCAGUUGGGAACUUCCUCCAGGUUCUUCAUCACAAGAACUUCGUGUCGGUUUUGAGAGGGAGAGGGAGGGGGGGAGAGAGGGAGAGGGAGAGAAAGCAAGGGAGUGAGUGAGAGUGAAUGAUAGUUAGAGUUAUUUGUAAUUUAAAAAAAAAAAAAUUAUAAUAAUAAUAAGAUAAGCCUCUCUUUAUUAAUGUGGGCGAGUCCAACUUUUUCCCACUGCCUGAUGGUUCUAAAAUGUGUUUCGGAAUUUGAAGUGGUCCAGGAUUCCCGUCCAUGGCACUUUUAGGAAUCGUGAUAUAUCCCCGCCUCCUCCCGUCAUCGUUCUUUUCAUUUUGCAAGUGAGAUUGAUCGAGGAGCAGCUUUUUAUACUCCUGUGGUUUUGGAAGGUAGAUUUCCUUUUCUUGGUUAUGCUAUUGGACGUUUCCAUUUUCUGUCAAGCAUACUAUCCAUCACUGUGCAUUGCAGUGUACCACGAAGGGUGUACACAUGGUAAGGAUAUUCACGCAGAGUAAGAAGCCACGUUAAAAUAUAUAGUAAUGGUGGUGAUGGUUAUGACAAUAAAAACAGUAAGAAUGAUUUUAUGUUAAUAGAAUAAUGAUGUGAUAUAAUGGACCGCGUUCAUUGCAACACACGUAGAAAAGGUAAGAAUGAGAAUGAAUAUCUUCAAAAUACAAAAGAUGUAUUUGACCGGUUUCGAUUAUAGCUUCGUCAGAAAUACAUAUAUAAAAUAUUC